AAAUAAUUUUCAGUUUCAAGUACGAUUAGUUCUUAUUGUUAAUCUGCUUCUUCAAUAAAAUGGAACAGUUACUACCGAAAAACAAAGUCUACUUAGACGAAGAAGUCAAAGAAGAAUACCCCACAGCUUGUAUAUCAGCCAAAGACAGUUCCUGCAUUGAUUUCAGAAAACAUCAAAAUCUUUUACUCGUUUGUUAUCACUGUGGAGAUCACAACCUGAGCUAUGGCAACAAGUACUUUUGGCACCGUUGUGCGUACUUUCAACAUUUCUACUGCUACUACUGUUUCGAUCACAGUUUGAAGAGAUACAAUCACACUUGCGUGGAUGGAUCACCUAUUCACGACGAAACCAGAACCAUAGAGCAUUUGUUAUGUGGCAAGAUCAAGUUUGAAUGUCGCUGGGAAAAAUGCAAGAAGAUUUUUGGCGGUUCAACUCUAAAACACCACGAACUAUCCUGCGAGUUACAGCCAGAGAGAGAAUGCCCUGUAGAAUCCUGUAAUUGGAGUGGUAGACUUGACAUCAUGCAACGCGAUCAUUUUAAAGAACACGAAAACUUCAAGUUAAUAUUUCGAAAUGUUAUUCUGAAGUUAGAGUCAGGAAUAACUUAUUUUCUGAUGAUUCUGGAUAAGUUUGUGCGAGUGAGUUACAGUUCUGAGCAGCUGGGAGAAGUGUAUGAGCAUAAUUUUGAUUUGGAAGUGGCUAAAGAGAAGUUGGAGUAUGCUAGAGCAGUGGGACUGGUUUCUACAAAUCAUUUGUUGCUCAAGAAAGUGGAAGGUAAAGAUUCGGUGAAAAGUUUGAGAAAAACAGUGGUUAUAUUUGUGUAUUUUGAAGGAAAAUAAAUAAUUAUGUUAUUAA